GCCUACUACACCUUUAAGACGUCGAAACUGUGCAAAUUGGGAGUGGGCAUAUGUUCGACUGUAAAAUCACAACACUUCGCAAUGGGAAAACUGUGAAGAGGACCGCUGCGCUGACCACUAGUUAUAGAACAGGUUUGAAAUAAUGUGCACCCAUAGGCUAUUUUGCCAUAAUAACUAUGUCUGAAAAGUGAUACGGAAACCAUAUUAAAUGCAUGUGGGAUGAGAUUUGCGCAAUGGACGCACAAGGGUCUUGGUCUGCAUACGUCAACACAUUUUAUGACAGUUUCCAGGGCUGACAUGUUUACGUUUAGAUUUGCCUCUAGAAUGUUGUAUUUUAAUAGUCUCUGACAUUUGACAGAAAUGUAUUGCCGAUCAGCAGGUAAAUUGUGCUGCUAAAGUGUGAAAUAUGUUUCCCGUUGAUUUUCUUGAUAUUUGUUAUCUACCACAUUCUCCAUUUUAACUCCGUCUUUAGCCAGCGACAAAGAUAUUUAUCUCAUCGACACAAAAAUAUCUGCCGGUAUCCUGCAUGUUGUACUGUUGUGGAAGCAAGGACAAGGAGAAGCAGCGCCCGGACGCUGCAGAGGUGUCGAGAAUUCUAGAGACAGAGCCAGAGAAAAACCGAAAGAGCCAAGAAAGCGCACCUCAACCACUGGACAUGUGCGGAAUAGCGGCAAUGCCCGAGCUUCUACCACCGUCUGGCGUACUCCAGCCCAGCUCAGUAAUCCCACGCGAGUCGGGUGAGGUGCCUGGUUUGUGGAGUGGAUUCAACAGGGGUGUGCUGAGCUUUGACUCCCCCCAGCGGAGACGAGGCCAACGGGCCCCGAAGUUAGGGCAAAUAGGACGGUCGAAGAGAGGUGAGUGCCGGAGAUGAUGUGGCAAGCAAGCAAAAGAUGAGGAACUAGAAUUGUGCUGAAAGAAACUGAACUGCACGUGACUAAAUGAUCAACCUGGUUUCAGACCAUUUCGUGUUAUUCUGUACGUAAAUCAGAACACUACUUUAGUAUGAUAUGUUAAGUUUCGUAUGGUAUGUAUUAAUGUGUGGAUGUCCAUCACCCAUUUUGUAUGAUAUGUUACGAAUUACGAUUCGUAUUAUAUGUUACAAAUUUGCUAAAUGUACAAUUUGUUACGAAUUUGCUAAACCUAUGAUAUGUGACGAAUUGUAGCUAGGUGGCUAAAGUUAGCUAGCUGGUUGACGUUAGCUAGGCUAGGGGUUAGGGUUAAGGUUAGGGUUAAGUUUAGGAGUUAGGUUAAAGGGAUAAGGUUAGGGUUAGGGGAAGGGUUAGCUAAAAGGGUUAAGGUUAGGGGAAGGGUUAGCAAGCUUGCCAAGUAGCUAAAAUGUAGUAAGUAGUUGAAAAGUUGCUAAUUAGCUCAAAUUGCCCAUGAUGAGAUUCAAACUUGCAACCAUUGGGUUGCUAGAUGUUCGCAUUCUACGCCCACCCAACCACCCUACCGUCUGUGUUAUAACCAUACCAAACGUAAAAUAUCAUACUAAUUUCAGUGUGCCAGAUUUACCUUUACUAUGUUAUGUCUAGUCUAUGAGACCAGGCUGAAAUUAUAGUUUCAUUAAAAGUAAACCAAUAGGCCUGCAACCAAAAGUUAGCCUGACCAGAGUAUGUUCAUAUUUUAAUUGUACGAUUCUACAGAAUCAGACUGGCCUUUGUAGAAGUUACGUAUGUACGUACGAAUGUUGUUCAUUCAUCUGUCAAUAUGUUGAUAUUUACAGUCUUUUCCCCAUUCAUUUACAGUGGUUAUAGAGGAUGACGACUUGGAUGAUGUCAUGAACAACAAUGGCCUCCCCAUAUCAAUCAAUAUCUCUCCUGUUGCCUGAACAACUCUGAUAGUGUCCAGACCUCAAGAGGCUAUUGUGCUCAUUUGUGAAAUUCUGAAGCGUGUACCACUUGUUUUGGACAAUGCCCAGUUCAGGUGCCCAUUGCAAAGUUUACAAUAGCAGCAUGCGCAUCACCUGUAGUUUAGCUCUUCCUGGACACAGGAAGGUCAGUGUCCCAAGGAAAUAGAAAAAACAACAGUGCAUCUUUGCUUCAGCUGCUGUUCUGGUGUUGAAGGGGGGACUUUGUGUCCUGAGGGGAGGGGAGCAAUUAGGAUAGAUUUGGGUCCGGACAGGCUGAAACAUAAGCACACAAGAGAAGGCCCUACCCAUCAAGAACUGCCCCUUCAAAAUGAGUGAACCUGUUUGUUUGUUGUUUAGUCUUUAGUGUCUAUAUUUUAAACACUCCAUCCAAUAUGUUAUUUUAAUUUAUCUGUCAAUCCAACCCAUAUCUAAAUGAGAAAACAGCUACUCAUAGUACUGGUCAGUGUUUUCACAGUAUUAUUUAUUUUAGAUACUGUACACUUUUUCAGUGUUUCACAUAUUAUGUUGACAACACUUAUUUUAUUUUUGACGGUUGACAUCACUGUCUCGUUUUGGUGCAAAUUCAUUGUCUGUAAAAUCUGUUGUAAAACGUGUUCGAUACACUGAAGGCUUUAAUUUGCCAUUGUAACAUGUUAUGUCAUAAUCGUUGUCUUAGUAUAACAUAUGUUGUACUGUAUGUUACUUUUACCCCUGAGUUGCUAGACAAAAACAAUUACCACUGUGAACUAUUUAUGGAACUUCUAUGUAUCCCUGCAUCGAGGUGUAAUAUACAACUUUUUUAUAACCAGCUUCCUGUUGUACAAUAUUCUUCACAAUAAUGCCCCCAUCUGGUGGAAAAGUCAUAUGAUAUUCAGAUAAGUACCCUAACUAAUGUUAAACCCAGCUAUGAAGCAGAAGGAUAAAGUAGAUCGCUACAUGGAGGAGCAAUUCGCAAUGAAUUUGGUGUAAGACUGACCGAGCUGUGAGGAAUACAUUGUUUUGAUGUAACCAUUGUUCAGUUUGGCUCAGUCUUAUCUCUUUGUCAAGAUUAAUCCUGAUAGAUGUAAAGUUAUAAAAUGUACCCCUCACUAGAGAGAUAUACAAGCAGGGUUUAAAUCAAGUCACUUUACAUGAAAGUGUUUUCUAAGUGGCAUGUAUUAUUGUAAAACCUCCUUGAUUCUACGUGUUACAACAGUGGUUUCACAACCUUUUUCAGUUAUCAAAUAAAAUA